CGACGCGACUGCUCACGCGUCCCUUUCAGUCGUAGCGCAGCGCUCGUGGCGUGUGGAACGUCGUGCAGACGGGUGACUUCAACGCUGGACGAGGCAUCUCGUUCUUUGCUCGUUCAAGCAUCGCGCGACGCGUCUCUUAUUCUUAUAUUAAAUCCAUCAAAAUCAUUAAAGGACUAAAAACAUAAGUAAGAAUAAUAAUUCGUGUCAUAGUGAAUCAUCGAGAUAAUUACGUGGAUUCGAGGAAGGAGAAGCUUGUUCCACGAGGAUUCGUCGAGUAACUUUGUAUUUUUGGAAGGUUUCCAACAACAGAAACUGGGAAGAUUUAAUAGGGACUGUCUAGAUAAUGUGUUAUUAAUCGUUGAACAAUAUUUGGGAGUAAUUUGUUUAACAGUGUCGUAAGGUGUAAUUAUUAUCGGAUGCACUCAAUGCCACUUGUUCGCCAAGUGUAAACAUGAUUCCCGCGCAUUGACGUAUGCACCGGACUGCGAGUGCGGGCUGCACUCAGCUGUGAAUUGGUAAAAAGUGAGAUCAAAGAGGGAUGCUGAAGCACGUGUCAGUCUCGCCGUGGCGAGGGCGAGCAGAUAGCGUGAGCCUGGCUUCGAGCGGAGGUGCGAGUAGCUGUGGAAGCGGAAGUCCUACCCCUGGACACACACCACCGCCAUCAAGGGCAUCUUCGUGCGCUUCGCUUGCGCCCUUAACCGCCCUUUCGAGCUUUUCUCCCGCCGACGCAACUCCACAGCAGACAACCAUAAAGGUGUACGCCAACUGCCUGCGACCAGACAUCGAGUACAAGACCCUGUGCAUCUCGUACGAAACGACUUGUCGUGAGAUCGUCCAGAACUUAUUGAACAAGUAUCGCAUGAGGCACCGUGAUCCCAAGCUGUACUACCUCACCAUGGAGGUCACCGUACGAAGACCCAACGUGAGGACCGUUCUUCCUUUGGACGAGGAUGCAAGGCCUGCCGUCUUACAAUCGUGUCAUCCUCGUGGCGAUUCCAGAUUCUCGUUGCAAACACGCCGUGGUGGACUUGUCAAAAUAUACGACAGCGCGCUCAUGUCCGGAUCAAAGUACAAGAGUCUACUAGUCUCAGAACAGACUACCGUCGACGAACUGAUCCAGAUGUUAUUGAGCUGCUACAGUUCUAAAGAACGCGUCGAACAAUUCUCUCUAUACGAAGUCUGCGAAGGCGAAGAGUACCAAAGGAAGUUGCAUCCUGACGACUCACCCCUUAAAGUCACGCAACAAUGGGCAAGUGCCGAUCGUCAUCUUCGCAUAAGACGCAACCCUGACUACAAUCCUCAUAGAAGAAAAAGCAUGUGGGCGUCGGACUCGAGCAUCAGCAUGGCGAUGUCAAGACUGAACCUCCACAGUACCCAUCAGGCCCAUUACAACCCAGGAAACGACAACAACAAUCAUUUGCAGUUGUAUCAGCAUAAAGAUGCCAGUCCGAUCAACAAUAAUAACAUCCACAAGAUCGACCAACAUCAUCUGUCCUUGGGCUCGUUGAAUCAGCAACCAAGAAUCGUGGUACCCCACGCGACACAACUACCGCAGUUGCAACUACCUCGAAUGCAACAAUUGCCUCAGAGCGUUCCAUCAACACCAAUCUCAUCGAAACACAUCACAGCGUCCUCGUAUGCGGACUACGAAAAUUAUUUGUUCAUAUAAACGUUGUAUAAUUAAUUGUAAUUUGUUGAUAGAAUUGAUUCAUGAAUGCUAUACAAUGUGAAAAUGAAAAAUGAAGUUGCAGCUGCAUGAAAUGUGCUGAUAAUUGGCUGCAGCUUUUUCUCAAUCGUGUUAAGCAGUAUUUGAAGCAAGAAGUUGAGUAAUGGUGAGAGCUAAAAUGUAGCGAGAUUUUUCAGGUAGGGCCUAGUUUUCUUUGAAAAUUAGAAUUUGAGGGAAGAUUUUGGAGGAAGAUUAAUUUGCAGGAAUGUAGUUCUUCAGAUUUGAGAUUAUUUGUGCAUGGUAAUGGAUUAUGAAGGAAUAGAAAGUAAAUGGUAAAAAGGAGCACUGAUUCGUGUCUCGGCUAUAUCACGUCGAUCAGACAGAACAAAGAGAAUUUACGAUUAUAGUCAAUAGCGAGAACAAUUGUACCAAAGGUAGACGUACGAAACGUUAGGUAAAUAGUAUAUUCAGCCGUAUAUUGUGUAAAUGUCUUGCGAUAGAGAGAUAUGCUAAUGGACAAAGUCAGAGUGUAAUAACAUGUAAGCCUUUGGGACUUAUCUGAACGUCGUCGUUAAAGUAUUGAAUUAAAUGUUUCGCAAUUUUAUGAUGUAUUACGAGGAGAAUCAUAUGAUGUAAUCGAGGGGAAUAUCAAUAUUUUUACAGGCAACUUCUAUAGAAUUUGUAUAAAAAUUUAAAAAUGGUACAAAAUAGUCCCGCGGGUUUCACACCAUCGUGUAUUUAUAUGUUAGAAAUUACAUUUUAUCCAAGAAGAUCGAGGAAUGUAACAGUUAUUUAUUUAUAAUAAUCGUGUAUGCGUCUAAGAGAGCGAGCCUAAGAAUUUUAAGUUAUUUUAGCAGGAUCCCGUGUUGUAAAUUUCGUCGUGCAAUACGAUCGAACGGGAUUCGAGUGUAAAUAUAUCGAAUAAACGACGAGGUACUCGGAUAGCUUUGGUAAUUACCCCUAGUAGCCAGUCGCGAUUGUAAAUGUUACAAAAAUUGACGAGUUUAUCUGGUUUAAUUUUCACAGAGCUUGCAUUUAAAGAAACAUACUAUCAAUAUUAUAUCUUCUUUUUAUAAAUCGUUGUAAAUAGGCAAUUCUAUCUUCUAUCUUUUCUACUCUUUUCAUCACGUUUCGUUAAGGUUGCAUCGAUUGCCAAAGAGUCGCCACGAUAUAAAACUGAAAACCGCGUAGAUUUAAUCACGUGCGACAAAACAAGCAGAGCCUAUUUCUUUUUCGCCGCUUAUGCGUGUUGCGAAUGUGAAAUCGUUGCGUCGAGAUUGCGCAAAUAGAUCGCGAGUUCCGCGCGAUUUAUCAGCUUAACUUGUAACGAGUACAAUGAACCUUGUAUUAUUCCAAGCGACACGGUAGAAUGUAAAUAUUCAUUUUGUAACGUCGUUUAUAAUUCAUCGAAGAAAAAAAGUUUCGUCUCACGUGUCUAAAAAUUUAAUCGAUUUUCAUUCCCCUAUAAUCUUCGUGUUUCCUUACGACUAAUAAAAUAACACAAUAAGAUAAU